AUGGAUAUUUUCAGAAAAAUAUUUGGGUUGAAUAGGGAUGACGAGAGAAGUGAACGACAAUAUCGAAGAAAUUCCGAAAGAAACGACUUUCUACGCGAUGAAGAACAUCCGAACGACCACUUUUCUAGAAAGGGCUUCGAUAUUUUCACAGAUCCCCUACAAAUGCAUCAAUAUUUCGAACAAGAAAUGAACAACAUUUUGAAGAGCUUCGGCUUUCAAGAAUUCGGAAACUUCUCUCAGCAAUUUGACUCUACAAAUAUACCCGCUUUAGAAGCAAGCCCAGAUGAUUUACGAGAUCAAUUUUUAAAACCUGGUUAUGUAAAACCCGAAAGUCCUUCUGAUAUGGUCGAUAAGGACUUGGAUGAGAAAGUCAAAUCUGGCAACUUUGAUUCACUACUAAACGAUAAAAGUACCAAUAUAGUACCUUACAAGCCUCCAUUUUCUGGAAAUCGAUUUUUCUCUCACGGAACUUCCGAAAGUUAUAAAUCGAUUGCAAAACCCGACGGGUCAGUUGAAACUCAUCGAACGAAGCGAGACUCCCAUGGUAAUGAAGAAACGACUGUUUGUCACAAAAUCGGGGACAAAGAAUAUUGCGUAAUAAAGCAAAAAGAUGCCCAAGGAAACGAAUCGACUACUGAAAAAUAUGUAAACAUGUCUGCGAAUGAAAAGGAUAUAUUUUUUAAACCUAACAGUACUCCUAUGCUUCCAAGUAAUAAUCCAGAUUCUGGAAUUCCAUGGGAUAAAUUCUUUAAAUAA